AGAAAUAAAGAAAACCCUAAUUAAGAAGAGACUCCCUCUCCUCGCACCUCUAAAAGAAUAAAAUCUGCUCAUUGCUCCACUUCUAUCGGAGCUGCCGUCUUCCACUGUAUUCUAUCCUGUUUUUGGAAGCUGGGAGUAGUAACCUGAAAUCUAAUUCACAAUGGGCAACGGUCCGGCACCUUUUUCGGAUAUUGGCAAACGAGCAAAAGAUCUGUUGACCAAGGAUUACAACUAUGACCACAAGUUUGUAUUGUCAGUUCCUGGAUCUACUCCCAUGGGACUGACGGCUACUGGUCUGCAAAAAGGUCAAAUCUUUCUUGGAGAUAUAUGUGCACAGUACAAGAGUGGCAGGACUAAUGUAGAUGUAAAAGUAGAUACAUAUUCAAAUGUGUCAACAAAAGUUACUGUUCAUGAAGUAAUGCCAUUUACGAAAGCUAUCUUAAGCUUUGAUGUUCCCGAUCAUAAAUCUGGAAAGCUUGAUGUUCAGUAUCUGCAUCCCCGAGUUGCCAUUGAUUCGAGUAUUGGCCUGAACCCAUCCCCAGUUCUAAAUGUUGCUGCUGCCAUUGGUCACAAGGACAUACAUCUUGGUGGUGAAGUUGGCUUUGAUACCUCCUCUGCUUCAUUUACCAAGUACACUGCUGGGAUAAGCUUUAACAAACCCGAUCUUUCUGCUUCACUUAUGCUGAUGGAUAAAGGGCAAACAUUGAAGGCAUCAUAUGUACACUCUGUAGAUCCCUCAAACAAUACUCAAGUUGUUGCUGAAAUGACACACAAUCUAUCCACGUUAGAAAACAGUUUUACAUUCGGAAGUGCUCAUGUUCUUGACCGUUUCAACACGGUUAAAACCAGGUUCUCUGACAACGGAAAAGUUGCAAUGCUGUGCCAACGAGAAUGGCGACCAAAAUCUUUGAUAACCAUAUCAGCAGAAUAUGACACCAAGAGAACUGAUAUAUCCCCUAAGUGGGGUCUUGCACUAGCUCUCAAGCCUUGAUUCGUACGUUUUCUGGAUGGUUCUUUCCGAUUUUCUAUAAUCUUGGAUCUUUUAUUAGAAGCCGCAUUGUCGGUAAGGCUUGAUAAAAUCAUUUUGGAACAUUCUGACAUCUAAAGGGUAUAUUUAUGUUGAAUUUUAUUGGGAAAAAUUGACCCAAUUUUGUUAACAUUCUUGUUCAUGUAAUGGGGAAUCCAUGCAAUUGUAUGUUAGAUUCUGAUGGGGGCAUAAGUUGCCAUGAAUCAUACAUUUCAUCUUAAUAAUCCAAUAUCUGUCUUUUUUGGCAUAAUACAUGACAACUUUUUCAA